AUGGCGAAUAUCAUGCUGGGAAAAGCGGCUGAAGUUAAGUUAUCCCAAAUUCCUCUUUCAAAUGACACCAUCAGCGACAGAAUAGAGGACAUGAGCAAAGACAUCUUGGCUCAAAUAGUUGCAGAUCUGAUUUCAAGCCCGGCAAAAUUCAGCCUUCAACUCGACGAGACCACAGACGUCUCCAAUCUAAGCCAGCUUGCAGUAUUCGUGCGCUAUGUGAAAGAUGACGUGAUAAAGGAAGAGUUUUUAUUUUGUAAGCCUCUUACAACAACAACUAAGGCAGCCGAUGUGAAGAAACUUGUGGAUGACUUCUUCAAAGACAACAAUCUUUCGUGGGAUAUGGUUUCUGCAGUUUGUUCGGAUGGAGCUCCAGCCAUGCUGGGAAGAAAGUCUGGUUUUGGUGCGCUAGUGAAAGACGAUGCACCACACAUCAUUGUUACGCAUUGUAUUCUGCAUAGGCAUGCAUUGGCAACAAAAACCUUGCCUCCAAAACUGGCAGAAGUAUUAAAAAUUGUAGUGGAAUGUGUGAACUAUGUGCGAAAUAGUGCUCUGAGGCACCGCAUCUUCAGGGAGCUGUGUAAAGAAAUGGGAUCUGAAUUUGAGGUACUUCUGUACCAUUCCAACGUUCGGUGGUUAUCCCGGGGACAGGUGUUGAAUCGUGUUUUUGCCGUGCGUGUGGAAUUAGCCCUGUUUUUGCAAGAGCACCAACAUUGUCAUGCAGAUUGCUUCAAAGAUUCUGAGUUCAUUCUCAUUUUAGCGUACAUGACUGAUAUCUUUGCAGCUCUAAAUCCUCUCAAUCAACAGAUGCAGGGCGGUGGAGUCAACAUCAUCGAAGCGGAAGAAAACCUGAAGGCUUUUCAAAAAAAGCUACCGUUAUGGAAACGACGAAUAGAGAACGAUAACUUCGCAAACUUUCCCCUGCUAGACGACUGUGUAAGUAAGAUCGAAGAUGUAUCUGGAAUCGGAGACAUUUCUGUACCCACGGAACUGAAGCAAGCAAUUGCCACGCACUUAGAUGAGCUUGCAACGUCUCUUGAUGGAUACUUCCCUACAAGAGAGUCAUAUCCAGCAUGGGUGAGACAGCCGUUCACAUUUAGUGUUGAGACAACAGAUGUCAAUGAUGAAUACCUUGAUGAAAUCAUUGAACUUCAGCAGAGCCAGGUUCAACAGCAACUCUUCAGAACAACAACGCUCUCAACGUUUUGGUGUCAACAAAUGGUAACGUACCCUGUUAUUGCUAAGAAAGCUCUGGAGUUUUUCAUACCGUUUGUUACAACAUAUCUUUGCGAGCAAUCCUUUUCAAGGAUGCUGGACAUAAAAACGAAGAAAAGGAACAGACUUUGUUGCGAAAAUGACAUGAGAGUGGCACUUGCCAAGGUAAAGCCGCGCAUUUCUGACCUGGUCUCUGAAAGACAACAGCAGAAGUCACACUGA